UGUGGGUGGGGAGAGGCGAAGCGGCUCCUCGCCAGGGGCAACGGGCCCAGGGUCGGGCGGCGAGAGCUGCUAGGGCGGCACCGGCCCCGCUCCUCCAGCCCGCCCUCAGCCCCGCUCGGGGGGCCCCGCUGCCGCCUCAGCCGCACCCCGUGGAAGGGCGGCCUCCAGGCUCUGCUCCUGUGCCCAGCGAUUUCCCAGAUGAGGGGGUGAAGCGGUUGCUUUGCUCGUGUCCGGCAUCCCAGGUGGAUGAGAGACCCUCGGGUGCUGGUUCCUGGGUUAUCAGUAGGGGCAAGCAAUACUUCUAAUACAGCACAUUUACUGUGGAAGAUCUCGAGUUGCUUCACAAAUUAGGGGAGGUCAAGAGCAGAGUCUUCAGAUAGUCAAUUUUACUGCAGAUAUGUCCCCCUCCAGCUUUCUUGCAGGCCCCCAUUAGGUACUGGAAGGCCACAACAAGGUUUCCCUGGAGCCUUCACUUCUCUGGGCUGAACAACCCCAACACUCUCAGCCAGUUUUCACAGCAAAGCCUGCUGCCUGAAAAUUAAUUUUCUAAGUCUGGAAGCCUGUGGACUUUUGUUAGAUGUGUGAUUAGUUUGACUGUGACUGUGUUUAAGGAAAAUAUUAAUAUUUUUAAAGGAACAACGCUGGUAUCUUCUUUUACAAAGCCAAAGUGUCAAGCAGAAGAUGUCAGACAGUCAUUCAAUGAAGUUCAAUAUUCUUAAAAGAAAUAGAUUAACAUCUCUCAGCAGCAAUUUUAAAUACUCAAAUUUUAAAGACAUGUGUUGCACUUCAGCAUUUCUGGACAGCAGAUACAAUGAGUCAGUAAAAGAUCUUGAUGCAGAACAUGAAGAAGCACGAAGUGUAACAAGGCUACAAGGGCAUUCUGAGCACAUUCAUCCAAAUGCCUUCAUUCCCAUGUCAUCAUCUAUCGAAAAAGAACUGAAUUCUAUCUCAAUAUCAGAAGAAAGAGAAGCAAAUGGAAGUGCAGAUGUUUUUGAAAGUCCUAAAUCAAGUAGAAAAAGCUCUUCGCUACGCAGGAGACUGCUUUUACCCAAGACUGUCGAAGCUGGCACAACUAUAGAAAGCUGUGAAAGGCAAGCUAGUUCUUCAGGAAGCAUCAGGAAAAAAAAAUUCUUUUGUGUUUUGAACUCUGAAGAAAAACUUCCAAAAACUUCUGGAGAUUCUUCAAAAGAUAAAAGUUACAAAACUCUGACAACUAGCACUUCAAAACCUGAGGGCUCUAAUCCUCAUUUUCCAAAACGGAGAAUUUCCUUUUCACAGCAAAGGACUUCUACAGUAGAUGAGUCCCAGUGCAAAGACCCCUUAUUGCUAGAAUCGGAAAGUUUAUCUCCAAUUCAGUGUAAGGAUGUAAUUGUUAGUAACGCUAAUGAAUUCAAUGGAAGUGUUCUUAUGAGAGUUGGUGACGGGGUGCUUAAGACUCUUACUUACAAUGAGGCCAAUGAGGGUAAAUUCCUAACUUCUAUCAACAGUCCUGUAGAGAACUUGAAUUUCGGACUAUGUGAUAUAAACUCCCCCCCUGUUAAGGUGGUAAAUUACGCAGAUCUUUCAACACCUGAGGAUAGUGGAUAUAAUUCACUUCCUUUGGACAAAUCAGGAGACUCAUUGUCUGAUCAUGAGGGAUCUUUCCAAGAGCUCUUCCAAAAGCACAGAGAAGAUUCCAAAAUUCUAGAUAAUAAAAGAAAGACAAGAAAACUUGAACGAGUUAGAAGGUUAUCCACUCUUCAGGAACAGGGUUCACAGUCAGAGACAGAAGAUAAUCAUGGCAGUUCUACUUCAAUGCAUAUAUUAACAGAAGAAAGAAAUUUUGUCAGGGAAGAUCAUGAAUUAGUUCUAAAAGAACAACCUAAUGGAGACCUGGUUGUAAGUCAUGGAGAUCUCUCAAGAACUCCAGCUCUGAAAAUAGUUCAUGAAAUUUGCUUGCAAAGACAAAGAUCGGACCAAAAGCAAAUAUCAGAGAAUAUUGAUGGAACAGAAAUAUUUGCAUUAGAUCAUGUUCUUCCUGGACUUAUUGGCAAGAAAAUGGGCCUUGAAAAAUUAGAUAUUUUAACAGAAUUAAAAGACAGAAAUUUAAAACAUGUUCUUGCUAUAGUUUUAGAUGCUUUGACAGUGGAAAGUCUAUGCAGUAUUUGGAAAGUAAGCAAAAACUGGCGUGAAAUUGUUGUACAAGAUAAAAGGGCAGAUAAGAGGAGAAAGUUGUAUAUAAAACAGCAGAAAGAAGCAGCUGAGGAAUAUUUAUUGAAAGCUGAAGAUGCUGCCACAAGACUUAAUAUUCUCAAUAGAUCUGCUCUAAGGCCUGUUCAAGCUCAAGCCAGAACUCCUGUACUACAAACACCACCUUCAUACACUGAAAUUACACCCAGUAACACUAGUUACUCAGCUAGUAGACAGGAAGAAUACCUGAAAGUUGCUAAAACUCUGUUCACUGACGAAGCUCUAAAACCCUGUCCAAGAUGUCAAUAUCCUGCUAAAUAUCAACUGGUCAAGAAUUGGGGAUUAUGUAGCAGAGAGGCAUGUGCAUUCGAGUUCUGUAUUUUAUGUCUGCAUGCAUUCCAUGGCUCAAAAGAAUGUAACAGUUUAUCUGCAAAACGGAAGAACAAAAAAGAUGCUCCUCCAGGAAGUGCCCAAAGCAAAAGAAAUUUAAAAAGACUGUAAAUUUGUAAGGCAUACAACUCCUUACAUUUGAUUCCUCUUCCCUUUCUCAUAAAUUCCUAAUCUUGUUCCUCUACAUAUAUUUCAUUUCUUUAUAUUUCAUAUAAAAAUAUGCAUUUUGAAAGUGUUAUUCAAUUUGUUCUUACUGAUUUACCAAGACAACUUCUCAUGUAUAUAUCUUAAUCAAUAUAGUAUAUUUUUGUUUUUAAAAAAAUGAGCUUUUAAAAAUAUUUUGUCUUUUACUUGUUGUGUAGUAGCUAGGCACUUACUAACAUCUUAAUUUUUAAAUAAAAUAUCUUACAUGUAGUCUGUAUUAUUUAGCUUACAACACCUCUUAGAUGUUUAAAAACGUGAUUCUUGUCUUAAAGACAAAUUAAAGAAAAUUAUUUCUAAAAAAUUCUUUGCUAUUGGAUUUAUUUAUUCAUUCACUUUAAAUUACAUUAACUGUUUUAAAAAUGUCUCAAAGUGGGGCACUAUGUACAUUUGCAAAAAAUACUUCUAUUUGUGUAAAUAGUGAUAACUCAAAGCCCAUAUUAGUUGUCUGAAUUUUUUUAUCAGAAAAAUUAAUUUGUUGUUCUCUUAGCCUCUGUAAUGCAAGUCAAUAGAAUAGUAAUUUCUAAACCAAAUGGAUGCUGUGUGAAUAUUCUGUUUUACUGCUUUUUACAAAGUUUUUAUCUCAAAAAAUUCAGGUGAUACAGUAUAUAUUCAUGUACCUAAAAAUACUGUUGUGAACUUACCUUUAUACUUAAUCUGACUUUACUUCAGCUCCCAGACACUAGGUCAUCUUUAUACUUCUGCUUGAGUUAAGGGAUUAUCUACAGCUAGAAAUUAUUCUUUAUCUGUAGAUUUAAUUAGGGGAAUUCACUGAUUUUGCUCUUGAACUAAAUAUGCUGAUCCUUUACAAAAAAAAUAACUCAAUCUGCCUCUCGGACCUCAAAUAAUUUUUAUGUGUGUGCUUGUUUUGCUUUUAAACCUCCUAGCAAUUAUAAAGAGCUUGAAAUACAGGUGACAGAAAUGGACACAGUACUUCUUCUAUGAAGAUAUAAUAUUAAUUUACCUCUACAAUUGAUAUUGUCCUACUUGUCCUUUCAAAGAGUUCAUUUGCCAGAAGCAUCUUGCAGAAUGCUUGUAGUCAGCUGGUGUUUAUUCCCUACUCUCUCUCUGAUGCUGUCCUUUGUGCCUUAUUUGUGAAGUU